UCCAUGUGUUCCUGCUCGGCGAUUCUGCCUCCCCCAGAACGAGAAUCUGGGAUUCCGGCAGCAAACGGAGCACCGAGUGGGCGUGAAAAGAGGGUGUUGUCGUUACACAGACGAGCAGCCGGAUCGCGUGUUUAGAGAGAUGUAUUCCAUGAAAACUUAAACAUGGAGCUGGGAAAAGGGAAGCUCUUGAGAACUGGCCUUAAUGCCUUACACCAGGCCAUCCAUCCUGUGCAUGGGAUUGCUUGGACAGACGGAAAGCAAGUGAUACUGACCUCUUUAUACCAGCGUAAUGGAGAACCUAACUUUGGCAAUUCAAACGUUGUGGGUCAAUUUGAACACGUUCACGGACUCUACUGGGGUCCGUUUUGUGCACCAGACGCUCCUGCGCUUCUUGCUAUUCAGCAUAAAAGACACAUUACAAUGUGGCAACUCUGUUACAGUGCUUCAGAACAAAACAAGCUGAUGGUUUAUCAGAUCAGUGAAAUCAGCGAGCUGUUUCCUAUACUUCCUCAGGGUUGCGUGUGGCAUCCCCAAAAAGAAAUCUUAGCGGUGCUCACUACGCGAGAAACGUCUGUGCUCCAUUCAGUGCGACUCAAUAACUCCAGAAUAAAAGCCGAUAUCAAAGGUACCGGUAUCAUUCAUUGUGCUUGUUGGACUGAGGGAGGCAAACGUCUGGUGAUCGGGAUAGGUAGCACUCUCCAUUCCUACAUGUGGGAUGAUGAUCAGAAAACUUUAAAUGCCUGCUCCUUUUGUCCAAUAUUGGAUGUAGGCGGCUAUGUUUGUGCAAUUGAACCAACCGUGAAUGCACAAGUGGCAGUUGCUACUGAAUUGCCACUAGAUAAGAUCUGCAGCUUAAAUGCUGGUGUUUCCUUUGAAAUCCCAAAUGAAGUUAUUGGAAAUUCAAUUCCUUCUCAAAGUAACCCAUUAGAAUAUGAGGAUGAUCCCUGUGUAGAUGAUGGAAAAAAGUUAACGGACCAGGAAAUGUUAGCAUCGUCCCCAGUGGAUUUGACUCAUCUGCCUUCGAGCAAACACCUCUCUGAAAAAAGUUCCCUCAUUAAUCUAAGAUCCAAGGAUUACCUAACUGGAAGCGGUCACGAUGCGUCACAUUUGAUUUUGGUAACGUUUGAAAGAAAAGCGACAACUAGCAAAAAAGUCAGCAUCCCGGGUGUCCUGGUCCCAGAUAUCCUGGCUUUUGACUCUAAGACACAGACUGUGGUAGUUGCCUCCAAUACUUGUAAUAUAAUUUUGGCUUAUUCCUUAGCUUCAUCCCUCCUGCCUAACUUUCAACAAAUUCAAUUGGAGAAGAAUGAGAGGCCAAAGGGAUUAUGUUUCUUAACAGAGAAACUGUUAUUGAUCCUGGUUGGAAAACAAAAAUUAAUGGAUCCUGCUUUUCUUCCAUCUUCACGCUCUGACAAGUACAUUCUCCGCUUGAUCGUCAAAAGGAUCACCUCUAGAGAAGGCCCCUCGGCACUUUUGGGGCCUACUCAGGUUUGUUUUAGGAACACACCCGUGAAAAGAGAAUGUGUUGAAAGGCAUUCUUCUGAUGGUCAUGUUCUGAGGGAAGGAUUGCUGCUCCCAGACUGCAUGAGCAUGCCAUCCUCUGGGAAGAAAAAACUGAUAGAAGAAAUCGCUGAUGAACAAUGUCUGCCAACAAGCAUUGUGGAUUCUGCUGAGAAAAAGAUGUCCAAGAAUUUCCCUCAAGAUUUGAGAACUUUAGACGUUGAGCCAAUAGCUCAUUCCUUUGUUCUUCAAGAGCUUGAAAACUCUUCAGGAUCACUAAAUAUACCAACUUCAAACACAUCAGGAGUUGGAUCUCAUGAAACUUCUAAUUCGUAUGAUAAACAAAUGCAUUCUCAUGAAGUAAAAAGGAACUUACUGCAAAGUGAAAAAGAAGCUAAUUGCGUCUCUAAAAAUCUAGAAGAACUGUGCUACAGUUUUGCAGAACUUCAGCAUCAACUUUUUGAGAUAACUGAGCUUCUAAGAUCCGGGAAAAAAAUUGUUCCGCAGUAUCCAUCAUCUUGUGAACCUUCUUUUGUUAACGUGAUUUGCCAGAAGGAGUCUUCAGGAUCUGUUACUUCUGAAGAGCAUGCUGUUAUCCUCUGUGAUGGGAAACUCCGUCUGAGCAUAAUUCAGAAGAUUUUCAAUGUGGGUGUAGUUGAAAUGCAGCACAAUUUGUCCUGGAUUGUUCUUACGGCAGACAGCGAGGGCUUUAUUCCAUUAACAUUUGAAUCCCAACAGGAGAUCACUAUAAGGGAUGUGAAUGCUAUGUCUAAUGACAGCAGUAGUGCUUCCUGCAAAGCAUUAGUCGCGGUCAAUUCCACUGAGGAAUACAGGAAGCUUUCCUCCCAAAGUCUGGAUUUUACAGCCAGCUCUAUGCAAGCCUUGAGAGAAGAGUCUUCUCCGUGUCUGGUGAUUGACAGCCAUUCUUAUGAGCAAAACAACCUCUCUUCUUAAUCGUGACUGUUUGCAAGUUGAUCAACAUAGAAGUGAAAUCUUUCAUGAAGCAUAAUUAAAGUGUGGACUCCAUUAUAUAUUGUGCUUUCACAAAAGGGUGAUAUUUUACUAAACCAUUGCUCUUGCCUUUGAUUUUUUUUUUUACUAUUACUCCAUGGCUUACUUGCCAUUUUGACACAUAAUUUUAAAUUAUUCCUGCCUGGUAAUGGUUGUAGACCAGCUGUGCAAGGCACUUCAGUCUCUACAAAGCCUAUUUGCUAGGCUGACUGAACAUAUUUCCAUUUUUAGAUUCUAUUAGCAAUUUUUCUUUUUUCUCUCUGCUGAACAUUAAAUGUUUGCCAAAGCUGAAAGGGGCUUUUUCUUGAGGAAUGUUUGCCCUUAGCAUUUUCUCAGAAGAAGCCUCAGUGGCAUGAACAAACUGGAAAAAAAAUGUGUGGAUUUCUAGUGAUUCUAGAAGUAGAAAGCAAAACUGAGUUAUGUUUAUUACUAUAGUAUAAGACAAAUUGUUAUACCUGUAGUUUCUGCAUCAUUAUACUACUUUUAACUUUGUUAUUGUACCAGUGCCUGUUACAAAUGUACUUGAAAGUUGUGAGACCAUUUACAAAACUACUUUACUAGUGAGUACCAAAGUCCUUUGGAUAUUUGAAGUCCUUUAGUACCUGCAACUAAGCUUGAUUCAUUUUUUACUCAGUUGGGUCCAAGAAACUUUUCCAAUAUGCAUGUAAGUUAAAUAACUCUAAUUAAUAUUUUUUUUUAAAAAAAAUAACUUAAUUCACAAUAGUUGAAGGCUGUCAACUAGCAAGUUUGAAAUAAUGCUCUGAAUGCUGGAUUAUAAUGGAUGACGAGGGGCUAAACUGAUCUUCAAAAUAAGUCUCACAAAUCCAAUUUUACGUUGGCAAUUCUUAGGCAUACUGAAACAAGGUUAUAGUGCUGUUUAGAAAGGAGCAUUUUUUUUAAAAAAAAAGAACAACCAUCAUCUUUAUCAGUCUGGAAAACAGAGACUGAGCUAAGUUAAGUUAAGUUAUUGUAGGCACGAAAGCUGUCCAAUGAGAAUUUAUUGAUUGCUUCUAGUUGGAUCUUCAAUAUACCAAAGUUUUCAUUUAACUCAAAGAAAAAUUACAGAAAACAAGUUAAAGGAGGGGAAAG